AUGAAUAAAGGAUUUAACAUCGUGCCAGUACCUUUCAUGUGUGCGUAUUUCUUGGCUGUUGUUACAUCAACAGCCCUGGUUACUGUCGCAUCCCUAUUUGAUGAUGGCGAUAAACGAACCCUUCGGCGUACGCAAUUAGUCCUCAAAGGGGAACGGCAUUUCAAAGAAACAUACAGCAGAGCAGGUAAGCGAAAACAGGCUGCUGCUGACGCCUCCCUUCUUUCUCUUUCACGUACUCUUUCUUCCUCCUCUCCCCAUCCCAUUAAUAACUCUCCUCUUGUGGACCCAUCACUUAGGACUGAUAACACCGUUUUGCGCGCAACGCGUGCUCGUCACAUGGCGCCGACAUCCUCAGGUAUCUCCAAAUCAAUCUUCAAGCCUCGACACCCAGUCUAUUUGGCCGCGUUCAAUGUCCGCACUCUGAAGCAAGCAAGGCAAAGAGGUGCACUCACAUUGGACUUGCUUGUCAUUGAUGUGUGCUGUGUCCCAGAAACGAGAAUUCAAGAUACAAGCUCAAGCCUCGAUUCACUCCCUCUGACCAACCCCGAGCAGUUCCGACAACCGGUAAUCGAUCGGAAAAAGCAUCGAUCAAACGAAGAUGAUGCUAAUGAGGAGGAUGAGGAUGAAUGUAGCAGCGAAGAACAGGAUGAUGAUGAACGUAAACGGAAGGCCAUUUCAAAGGUGUCCGAGACAUCUGGGUGUCCUAUCUUGGACACAAAGUCGCCAAGCGUUCUAUCCGAAGAUCAUUGUCCAGGUGCCAGUACGGGUUCUGCUCCGGAACUCCAUCCGGAGCCUGAUUCCUCACUGUUGAGCGAGUCACAUGUGGCUUCUCAGAGUUUAGCGACUGAGGAACGAUCAUCGAACAAACCCGAGUGUCGUCUGAGUGUGCCGUAUCAGCGGCUGAUUGGUCGAUUAGUCCUGGUCAAUAUGCCUCUCAGUCAUAAAGAUACCAUCCCCUCACCUUCAAAUAGUACUGGAAACGUUUCUGUUAGUUCCUCCGAAGCACUGGCCCGUCGUCGGUUCACACCCGCUUUGGUUGUAUUACCCUCGGCAAUGCCAAGCAUAGAUCUUCGACUACCGGGUUCUGGAAAGUUGGCCAAAGUACCCAAUCUUCUUGUUCGCUCCUUCAAAGACAAUCGUUUUUUCCCAGUUCCUUUGUGCUACAUGAAACGCCUCAAGCGACCUUCCGCUGUGGAACUUGCUCAUUCGCACCCGUCACUUCGAAAUGCGUUCGAAAGAGCACUUCUUUGGUUAGACAGAUAUGAACUACCUGCACCCUGGGGUGAGACAGCUAUGCAAACUCUUCUCGGUACGAAAAAUUGGCGUGCCACUAAGCGACAGUAUAAGGCUUCUCUUUCUGAGAGUGUCCGUUCUACGGAAGCUGUCAAAUCCAAAUCCAAAAAGAAACCCUCUUGUUCACAGGUCUCCUGGGACUCUUCGGACGAAGAUGCUGCCGUGCAGACUCCUACAAGUUCAGUCGGUAUCAGUCGAAAUCGUUUUUCAGUUCGGCAAAAUACUUCAACUCCCAAAAAGGUCACGGACAGCAAGGGGAAAGCAAUUGAUAUCCGUAAGCGUUCCAGACCUUCUGAUGGUGCAAUUACUUCGCGUGUAGCCAGAAAACUGGAGGCGAAGCAAAGAGAGGAAGAGAGCUCCAGCAGCUCGUCUCCAUCCGAUUCUGACUCGUCAUCAUCUGUGGACUUCGAAGCUCGAGAUCGUUGGAUUGCCCAACUAUACCGUUUUAUGGAUGAGGGCGGUGCUCCCAUCAACAAGGCCCCUAGUCUGGCAAAUAAGGACUUGGAUUUGCUUGGGCAACCUGGCACCCUCGCACUGCUCUCGGCUAGCAUGGCAUCUGGGAACCGAAAAGGUCUUGUUCGUGCUCACGGGGGCUUUCAUCGUGUCACAGCUCAACUCAAGUGGGGCUACAUUUAUUCGAAGCUUGGACUGCCUCAUAAUUUUGCCGCUGGACCACGAAACUUGCAGGCAGCAUUCAAACGGUACCUUUACCCGUUGGAUGACAUAAGUCGCAAGCUGGGUACAGACCUCGAUGAGCUACCUCUGGCCCGACCACGACACCUCUCAUCAAACUCAGGCAGUGCAAUGCGGUCCUUCAUCGGUUCCGCUCGGGCUGUCACUAUAUCCACACCGAAACCCUCCACGACAGAGGCCAAAACUAGUGAUAGCAAAGGCAACGCAGCAAAGAUGGUGCCACACACAGCGAAGGAAGCUGUAGUAUCCUGUUCCGAGGCACCACCACCGGAACAAACCUCAGAACCAGCAGUUGAAUGCUCGCCUCCAGUCUUAAGUCCGCCUGUACUUGGUCGAACCCCCUCACCACCAGCCGACCACUGGAUUUCGAGUGCCCUGGAUACGACAGCAACGCCAUUACGUUCCGUUCGCAAACAGAUUACUUCGCAACAGUCCACUAAAGAACAAUCAGGAAAGACGCUGGAUGUGUCGGGUGCACGUGCUAAUCGCAAGGCAAAAGAAGCAAAACACACACCCGCUGUCGCCACACAAGAUAAGGCUGUGAAAACUACGGUCGAUGCAACCUCAGAGCCUCGAGUUGUGACACCACUGUCAACGUCUUCAUCUUUUGCUGAUUCAUGCAAAAGUAAUUCUCAAUCCGAACGCACGAAACACGACUUUCCUCAUCAACCACUGUUCCUCCAAUUGCCGGAUGACCUGGCCCGAUUUAACGACAAUUGCGAGAUGAGCAAACUGAACCAGAUUAUUCCAAUUGGUUCCCGUGUUCGGGUUCGGUGUGGCGAUCGCGUUGCUUAUGAAGCCAAAGUGUUGAAACACAUACGUCCCCAGCCGGGUUUGGUGGCUCGUGGAGGGAAGGAGAGCAGUUUACCCGCUUCUUGGACGUGUCCUACAGAGACACAGUAUCGUGUACAUUACAUGGGCUGGAACACGCGGCACGACGAGGUGGUCUCCAGGUCACGUAUCAUCUCCAUCGUUGAAUGGGCUCGUCCACCGGACUCCGACCGUCCACCCUCAUGCUCAUCGCUUAACUUGGUCGUUCAAGAACCUCCCCGAAGGUCACAUGCAGCUGUUUCCGGUGACUCUAAGUCGGGUAGUCGAGUAGCCGCUCGAGAUCAAGGGCGGGACAAAAGUGGACCAAAUCGUGACACGGAACAGAAAGAAAGGGAGGACGAUCAGGGAUCGUCUGAAGUUGAACAAGAGGAGGAAGAAGUCGAAAGUGAUCAAAGUCAAACAACGGAGACAGCAUCGGAUAUUGUUACAACGACGGCUCCCAUGAUUCGUCGACGUCGGAUGAUGUUCGACAAGGAUGAUCGGUUGCACAAACGAUCGCGUCUGAAGAGCAGGAUCUCAUCGACCCAGGUCACUCUGAAACGUACUUUGCUCCCCGUGGCGGAACUAAAGCGAUCCACUAACAAACACAACGCUGUAUCAAAAGAAGCUUCGUUACCGUCUGCCAAGUUGGAACAGCAUACAGUCACUUCGAAGACUAGCCAACGCACAACACGCCCCUCCCUCCCAUCAGUACCGUCUUCAAAACGUCCUCGCCUCGCUCCAGAUACCGACGAUGGAGAGAAAGAACAGCAGCCAGUUCGUCCAGCCUCAUUGGACCUGAAAGAGCCUAAGGUAUCGAGGCCGAAGACAAGUGAAACAAAGUCAGUGAAGCCGGAAGAAAAAUCUUCAGUUGAUGAUACCACCAAAGAGUCCAAAUCAAAGGCUGCAGACAGGUAUUCCGCAAACUCCCGCGAACUUGUCUCGAAAACUAUCAGGGAAGGUUCGAGAACGAAACCUGAUCGUAUACCCGCAGUGCACAAGCGCCCAUCUUCACUGGCCCGAACCAAACUCGGUUCUUUGAAGAGUCGUUUGCCUCUCAAGCGAACUCCGUUGACAAAGACGCCAGCAGCUCGCGUCCCAGACCGUUCUCGGAGCCGAAGCAGUAGUAGUGACAGUAACCGGACCAGCAGCAGUAGUAACGUCAGUCGUUCGUACCCAUCAGCAGCCAACAACAGAACCAGUGGAUCGAAAAAAAUAGUGGGUGAUAAGGAGAACACCCCGCAGUCAGAUGCAUCUGCGAAGAAAAAGGCGAUCCAAGGGACUCCGAUCGUAGAGCGCAAGAUGGGCACCACCGUUAAGGUAGACAAACCUGAAAUAACCACACCCAAAGUACAAAAGACAGUGCCGUUGGAUACAAGAAAGACUAGCCAACGCACAACACGCCCCUCCCUCCCAUCAGUACCGUCUUCAAAACGUCCUCGCCUCGCUCCAGAUACCGACGAUGGAGAGAAAGAACAGCAGCCAGUUCGUCCAGCCUCAUUGGACCUGAAAGAGCCUAAGGUAUCGAGGCCGAAGACAAGUGAAACAAAGUCAGUGAAGCCGGAAGAAAAAUCUUCAGUUGAUGAUACCACCAAAGAGUCCAAAUCAAAGGCUGCAGACAGGUAUUCCGCAAACUCCCGCGAACUUGUCUCGAAAACUAUCAGGGAAGGUUCGAGAACGAAACCUGAUCGUAUACCCGCAGUGCACAAGCGCCCAUCUUCACUGGCCCGAACCAAACUCGGUUCUUUGAAGAGUCGUUUGCCUCUCAAGCGAACUCCGUUGACAAAGCCGCCAGCAGCUCGCGUCCCAGACCGUUCUCGGAGCCGAAGCAGUAGUAGUGACAGUAACCGGACCAGCAGUAGUAACGUCAGUCGUUCGUACCCAUCAGCAGCCAACAACAGAACCAGUGGAUCGAAAAAAAUAGUGGGUGAUAAGGAGAACACCCCGCAGUCAGAUGCAUCUGCGAAGAAAAAGGCGAUCCAAGGGACUCCGAUCGUAGAGCGCAAGAUGGGCACCACCGUUAAGGUAGACAAACCUGAAAUAACCACACCCAGAGUACAAAAGACAGCGCCGUUGGAUACAAGAAAGUUGGCUAAGCUGAUCGCCGGCAGUGCCAAGGAAAAAACCCCUUUCAAAAGGAAAGUUGAUAGAGGAACUCCAGACAACAAUACAUCCAAAUUGGCCCGCAAGUUGGCCACUCAUAAACCGGCGGUUACGGCGACACUUCAAAAUCAAAAACAUAAGUUUCCGUCGACCAAAGCGCUGGCGAAAGCCGACGGAGAGAAAACCAAUGCUGCAACUUUAAAAUCCCAGCAACGGACUCUGACGAAAGCCGACUCUAGCUCUAGUGACGAGAGCGGGGUCAGUGAUAAAGACAGUAAAAGCCGAGAGAAUAGCUCUUCAAUUCGUCGCACCUCAACCAUCUCUCAACGUCGUUGCGGCAGUCUGUCUGUGAAGAAACGCACCACUGGGAGUCGAUUGUCACAGACGAAACCUCGUGUUAUCGCAGAAUCUUCCGCUUCUGUGAGUAGUAAUGAUGAAGGGAAGAGGAAAUCUACGGCCAGCAUCGAGGACAGUGAUGUCGCGAGCUCUGAGUCCGAUUUUGGAGCAAUGGACGCGCUUCCGCGCCUAACGCGUAGUCAGCACAGGCAAUUAUUGGGAGAUACUCCUCCUGGGGCUGCCUUGCAAACGGCGAGUCCUGUUGUCAGCACUGCGACUGCCGGCGUUGCCACAAGUACUGCGAUCGGUUCUCCUGCAACAAGUUCAGAAUCACACACCAAAACAUCCGUUCCAACCACUAACUCCAGGAUUAGUGAUCUGAAGGUCGACGUGACGGAGGAUAACCAAUUUCCAGAAGCUGGGGCGGCUCUGGUCACUGAAGUCAAAGAAGAGAAUGUUUGGGCCGAAACUGUUGAUUCACAUGAAGUCCUACCAAGUGGCACUCCUGUUUCCUCACCAGUACUAAGCACCUCGAACGAACCACUUAUGGAGACCAAGCACCAACUGAAGCCCGAAGAUGAAGAUACUCUGGUCGUUCUAGAUCAGGAUGACAAACCCAAGCGUCUUGCGAAGUUGCGCCCUCGCACGAAAACCGUUAAUAAUGAAGUAACCGUUGAGUCAAAAGAGUUGACAGAAGCUAAGAAUUCUGUCCUGUCCAAGUCUGAGUCUACCGACAAAGUCGAUGACGAUGAUGAGCGAAGUUCCGUGCACACGAUGAGCACGGACCCCAUGAAGGAUUUACUUUUCGAUUUCACAAUGUCUCCUAGCGAGGAGAGCGUAGCCACUUCGAGUGCUCCUAGCGAGGAGGGUGUUGAUGUAAACCACGUGAAACCAUCCAGAAAAAGUAUGAGAAGUACCCAGAAAGAGCUCAGUGACUCCAACGACGAGGAAUUAUCCCAACCACAAAACGAUGAGGCGGAGGAGAAUUCGGAGGAAGGUGGGGACUUGGCAAAGUCCCUCACGGUUAAUUCCACAGGGGCGGUGGAAGUAGAUUCUGUUAUACGAGCAUCCCCUAACGCGAAACUUCGCACACGUUCCGAGCGUGUUCGUCACAUCAGCACCAGCAGUAGCACCGCGGAUGGGACUGGACGGAAGACUCCCGCGAAACGUGGAUCAGGGACACCACUCCGAACAGCGGCCUUCGACAGAUCACCUACACCUGCCUCUGAAUCUCCUCACUACUCGCGAUCACCAAUUCCCAGUAGUGGCGCGCCGACGAGCGUGUGUGGAUCUGGCCCUAGUGCCAUGAAGUCCGCUGUGGGUUUGGCACCGCCCCCAUCUCGCCUUGGUUCAUCCCGUCGAUUCGGUGGCCCGUUUUUCCCCAUCGCUGGAUUUGAAGAAAUGAGUUCCGAAACCAAAUGUCAGCUCCUUCAGGAACGCAUGCAACGCAUCUUGGAGGCUUGGCGUUCUGCGAAGCAGUAUUUAAAAGAUCUCGAUCAGCGCACAAAUCGUUCGCGGCGUAUUCGUGCCAGACAAUCGGUCACCGAGCCACCACCAGCAGCCACAGCACCACAAACCUCCAUGAGACAAUGUAACGCUGAGGAGAUUCAGAAGCAAGAUGAAUCAUUCAGUGAUGUUACUGUCACGGAAGGCCCGCCAGAACGGGCAGCUGCUGUACAUUUUCCGUAACAUCGUUUCUUGCAUCCUUGUUUAUCGUUAUUGGUUACCUGAAUCUUUUAUUAUGCACAGGCCGUCUAUCUUCUUUAUCCUUUUGAACUGUAUUCUGGUGAUGUCCUUGUAUAUAUGUAUUCACUAUGCCCCAAACACACAAAGAUUGC